UAUUAUCUCUGGACUCCCAGCGGACACCCUGCCGGAGGCAAGAGCUCCUAAGCCAACUGGAACUGUGCCUUUUCUCUUGUCAAGGUUUUUUUCUUACACAGGAAAAAGAAAGAAAAAAAAAAGAUGAAGUUGGGCAAAGUGGAGUUCUGCCAUUUUCUGCAGCUAAUAGCGCUUGUCCUGUGUUUCUCUGGGAUGAGUCAAGCAGAGCUCUCCAGGUCCGGAUCAAAGCCCUAUUUCCAAUCAGGGAGGUCCCGAACCAAGCGCAGCUGGGUGUGGAAUCAGUUCUUUGUGCUGGAGGAAUACAUGGGUUCAGACCCUCUCUAUGUAGGAAAGCUUCACUCUGAUGUUGAUAAAGGAGAUGGUUCCAUCAAAUACAUCUUGUCAGGCGAAGGGGCAAGUUCCAUUUUCAUUAUUGAUGAGAACACGGGGGAUAUUCAUGCUACCAAGAGACUGGACCGGGAGGAGCAGGCCUACUACACGCUCCGCGCCCAGGCGCUGGACAGGCUCAGCAACAAGCCUGUGGAGCCCGAGUCCGAGUUUGUUAUCAAGAUUCAGGACAUCAACGACAAUGAACCCAAGUUCUUGGAUGGCCCGUACACGGCAGGAGUUCCCGAAAUGUCUCCUGUGGGGACCUCAGUGGUACAAGUGACAGCAACAGAUGCCGAUGACCCUACGUAUGGUAACAGCGCCCGAGUGGUCUACAGCAUUCUGCAAGGACAGCCAUACUUCUCAGUGGAGCCAAAGACAGGAGUCAUCAAGACCGCCCUUCCAAACAUGGAUAGAGAGGCUAAAGACCAGUAUUUGCUUGUUAUUCAGGCAAAGGAUAUGGUUGGUCAAAAUGGAGGACUCUCAGGAACUACGUCAGUCACCGUGACCCUAACUGAUGUCAAUGAUAACCCACCUCGCUUUCCUCGAAGGUCUUACCAGUAUAACGUCCCAGAGUCCUUGCCAGUGGCCUCCGUUGUGGCCAGGAUCAAAGCGGCUGAUGCAGAUAUAGGCGCUAAUGCUGAAAUGGAGUACAAAAUUGUGGAUGGUGACGGACUGGGGAUUUUCAAGAUUUCUGUCGAUAAAGACACCCAGGAAGGCAUCAUUACUAUACAGAAGGACCUGGAUUUUGAAGCCAAAACAAGUUACACACUCCGAAUAGAAGCUGCAAACAAAGAUGCCGACCCUCGCUUUCUAAGCCUGGGACCAUUCAGCGACACGACAACGGUGAAGAUAAUUGUGGAGGAUGUGGACGAGCCCCCCGUGUUUUCCUCACCUUUGUACCCCAUGGAGGUGUCAGAAGCUACCCAAGUUGGAAAUAUCAUUGGCACUGUAGCAGCUCAUGACCCAGAUUCUUCCAACAGCCCUGUGAGGUAUUCAAUUGACAGAAACACAGACUUGGAGAGAUACUUUAAUAUUGAUGCCAACAGUGGAGUGAUUACAACUGCCAAAUCUUUGGAUCGAGAGACAAAUGCUGUUCAUAAUAUCACAGUUCUUGCAAUGGAGAGCCAGAAUCCAUCUCAAGUCGGAAGAGGCUAUGUGGCCAUUACUAUACUUGACAUCAACGACAACGCCCCCGAAUUUGCUAUGGACUACGAGACCACUGUGUGUGAAAAUGCCCAGCCAGGGCAGGUUAUCCAGAAGAUCAGUGCUGUGGAUAAAGAUGAACCGUCCAAUGGACACCAGUUUUAUUUCAGCUUGACAACUGAUGCAACAAAUAACCACAACUUUUCAUUGAAAGAUAACAAAGACAACACAGCUUCCAUUCUCACCAGGAGAAAUGGCUUCCGGAGACAAGAGCAAUCUGUUUACUAUCUGCCGAUCUCCAUCGUGGACAGUGGAUCGCCUUCCCUCAGCAGCACCAACACCCUCACCAUCCGCGUCUGCGACUGUGAUGCCGACGGGAUCGCUCAGACCUGCAAUGCGGAGGCCUACGUUCUGCCCGCCGGCCUCAGCACAGGAGCCCUGAUUGCCAUACUCGCCUGUGUCUUGACAUUACUGGUGCUGAUCCUCCUGAUCGUCACCAUGCGAAGACGGAAAAAAGAGCCUCUCAUUUUUGACGAGGAGCGAGACAUCCGAGAAAAUAUCGUGAGGUACGACGACGAAGGGGGCGGAGAGGAAGACACGGAAGCGUUCGACAUGGCCGCCCUGAGAAAUCUGAACGUCAUCAGAGACACCAAGACUCGGAGGGACGUGACUCCAGAAAUUCAGUUCUUGAGUCGACCCACUUUUAAAAGCAUCCCAGACAACGUCAUUUUUCGAGAAUUUAUCUGGGAAAGACUGAAAGAAGCUGAUGUGGACCCCUGUGCCCCGCCCUAUGAUUCCUUGCAGACGUACGCAUUUGAAGGAAAUGGCUCCGUGGCUGAAUCCCUCAGCUCCUUGGAUUCCAUCAGCUCAAACUCUGACCAGAAUUAUGACUACCUGAGUGACUGGGGGCCUCGCUUUAAACGACUUGCAGAUAUGUAUGGAACCGGCCAGGAGAGUUUGUACUCCUAGCCCCGGGACCUUAAUUUGAAAUGUACUGAAGAAAAAGGAAAAGCAAAAAAAAAAAACAAAAACAAAAAACAAACAAACAAAAAACCCAACAAAAACAAAAAAUGAAAAAAACCCCACUCCAUAAAGAAAACAGGAACUCGACUUACUAGAGAAAACGGUUGUAAAUAUCUCUCCAUUUUUAACUGUUUAGGUUUUUGCCUUGGUGAAGCAUAACUUACUUCAUUAGACUUAUCCAAGGGACUGCACUGACCACAGACUCUGAGCAUUGGAAGGCUUUUUGAUAAAACGAAAUGCUCAGUGGUUUGUGAAUAGAUAGCAACUCUCAGAUACCUGCAAAGCACCUAACCUCGAUGAGUAAGUAGUGGCCUGUGUUGUCCGUGAACCAAGCGUACCCUGUACCUACCUUCACGGCACUGCCCAUGAGAAGAACACAACUCGAUGAGCCAUUGAAAAGUCCUGGAACUUCUUGCAUAUCAAAACUUGGGACGAAUUUAAUUUACAGUGAUGCUUUUAGCUUGCUAGAUUGUAGAAUCCAGCAGCAUUUUAUUGCUGUUGGGUAGCAAAUAUAUUUCAUUUAGCAAUAUAUAAAUUCUUAGAAAAUCUCCCCAAACCUCCAACACAAGCCAAUAAAAUUUGGUGUAAGGCAACAUAAACUGUUGUUUUGCAAACAAAUUAUGAAGUGUUCCAAAUAAGAAAAAGGUAAAUCAUUCUUAAAGUUUGCCAUCAUUUUGAGAUGCUUGUGUAGGUAUGAAAAAAGUUGCUGUCUAUUCAUUGAU